AUGUACGUGUGGAAAAUGCAACACCGUUUGGAUUGUAAACCUGAAAAAAUUAUCAUGAGCAGUAAAACAGCUUUGGCGGAACAUCAUUUUUCAGAAGAUGGUAAUCUUUUCCAAUUUGGCAACGCGGAAAUCAUGGACACAGAAAAGAAUUUUAUAAAGAUGAAUCUUAGCGAGAUGAUCUUCAUUAAAGCCCUGAACUGUGUAAAUUUCAGAACUGAUACUCAAGGUCUUAGCUCAAUUUAUAGUGACUUAAUCAAUAUUCUCAAAAAGUCACUGGAAUAA